GUGUAGCUGUAACACUGAGGUGAACUCUGAGAUAGCGAGUCCUUUGCGUUUGCUUGGUGGUGUUCAGCUAAAUACCGAUGUAACCUGCCUUUGGGCGUCUGGACGUACGUUCUAUUGAAAUUGUGUCAAUGUUCGCAAAUUCUAAGUGAGAUAAUAACACUAUCUUCGAGCAGCUUGCCAACAAGAAAUAAAAGCAAAGCUCUGUACCCGGCCAGCAAGUUAAGCUGGGUAACGCCGUGAGAUGCAUGUUUCACUGUCUUGCCUGAUGAAGUUUUACAGCUAUUUGAAGCUCUUGCAUCUGAAUAUCAUGGCAUCUCAAACUAAGCCCGUCCUUCAUGGAUAUUUCAGGAGUUCAUGUUCUUGGAGAGUUCGAAUUGCGUUAGCUCUCAAAGGUAUUGAAUACGACCAAGUCCCUGUCAACCUCAUCAAGGAUGGAGGCCAACAGCUGACAGAUCAGUACAAGGCAUUAAACCCCAUGCAACAAGUGCCUGCAAUUACUAUCGAUGGCAUUACCCUAUCGCAGUCGCUGGCCAUUAUCCAGUACAUUGAGGAGACCAGGCCAGGCCCUCGGCUCCUCCCCACCGACCCACAGAAGCGUGCGCAGGUGCGAAUGAUCUCUGACCUCAUCGCCUCCGGGAUUCAGCCCCUGCAGAAUCUUUACGUGCUGCAGAAGAUUGGAGCAGAGAAGUUGCCAUGGGCCCAGCAUUUCAUCACCCGAGGAUUCGAGGCCCUGGAGCCCCUUCUGAAAGAGACCGCUGGAAAGUACUGUGUGGGGGAUGAGAUCUCAAUGGCAGACAUUUGUCUGGUGCCUCAGGUCUACAAUGCUGAGAGGUUCAAGGUGGACAUAAGUCAGUUCCCAACUAUAAAGAGGUUGAAUGAGACCUUAAUGGAGAUUGAAGCAUUCAAAGUGAGUCACCCAUCCUGCCAACCAGACACGCCUGCAGACCUGAGAUCAUAGGACCACUUGGGUAUGCUGUGCACCAUUGUAGCCUGGUGAAGAACAGCUACAGCAAUGACCAUAGG